AUUUUACCGUUUCAGCGCACCAAAAGAAAGACUACAUUGUGGUCCCGGGAAACACAACCCAUCACGACUCCUAUCGUGCUCCCGAAUCCAGAAGGGUUCGAUGAUUCGCUCCAUCCUGGUUUUUUGACUUUAUUCUCCGUCCACGAUACCGCGUAAUAAACAGAAAAGAAAGUCGGAUGAUCGAAGCAACCAUCCUUUUUUGAAUUCCAUUGCAUGUAAGAGAGAGAGAGAGAGGGGAUUUGUUGGAAACGAGUGGAUCCGGUAGUGCGUUCUUAGAAUUGUAGAGCGAUGAGUUUCCUGUUCGGCAAGAGGAAGACCCCUGCAGAGCUUCUGCGGGAAAAUAAGAGAAUGCUAGACAAAUCAAUUAGAGAGAUAGAAAGGGAGAGACAAGGUCUACAAACUCAGGAGAAGAAGCUUAUCACAGAGAUAAAGAAAAGUGCCAAGCAAGGGCAAAUGGGAGCUGUUAGAAUCAUGGCAAAAGACCUCAUUAGAACACGACAUCAGAUAGAAAAGUUCUAUAAGCUUAAAUCACAACUUCAAGGUGUUGCCCUUAGAAUUCAGACAUUGAAAUCAACACAAGCAAUGGGGGAGGCCAUGAAAGGUGUCACAAAGGCAAUGGGGCAGAUGAAUAGACAGAUGAACUUGCCAUCAUUGCAGAGGAUAAUGCAAGAAUUUGAGAUGCAGAAUGAGAAGAUGGAAAUGGUGACAGAGGUAAUGGGAGAAGCCAUUGAUGAUGCUAUGGAAGGAGAUGAGGAAGAGGAAGAAACAGACGAGCUUGUGAAUCAGGUGCUUGACGAGAUAGGAAUCGACAUGAAUUCAGAGCUAUUAAAUGCACCCUCGGCAGCAGUGGCUGCACCCGCUGCAAAGACCAAGGUUCCCCAAGCUGAAUCAACGGGCAAUGAAGAUAGUGGGAUAGAUAAUGACCUACAAGCAAGGUUAGACAAUUUGAGAAGAAUGUAGAUCUUCUCAUAUAGUAUAUAGAUGCGAUAUCUGACUAAAGGAAUAUAUAAAAUGUGGCUUGUAAUAUUCUCGAAUUAUGUCUGAAUUCAAUAAUUUAGUUAAUAAAAUCAUGAAGUCUAUCUCUUUCUUUACA